CUCUCUGUGAAAACAAAUCCCAAAACCUCACAGGCUUCAGCUCCAGAUUAAAAAAUCUCACUCGAUUUUCCAUCACUUUCUCUUUAAUUUUCUCGGGAAACAAACAAUCGAUAAACCCUCUAUAGCCCAAGGUUUUCCGCUUUUUAUUAUGCCACUUCAUUUCCACCCCCAAAUUCCAAAACCCUAGGAAUCGAAAUGAUCUUCAAUUGCAAUGCGAAGUCGAAUUACUCUGCGCUUACAAUAUGACUAACCACAGAGGACAAGAACCGAACUGCGAUGUGGCUGGUUCUUGCGGUAGCCGGUUCACAGUGCAGCCAGAGCGUGAACUACAAGCUAACUGGGAAGUUGAUUUGGCGAAGAAGCUCGAAGACUAUCUCUUGAAAAUUUGCUCUGGUCAAAUUAAUGAUUCCGAAUAUCUCAUUCCCCCUGUAAAUUUCGCCGAGGCUGCUUUGCUGGUUCAGGGUUCGGUUCAGGUGUAUAGCAGGAAGGUAGAAUAUUUGUACAGCUUGGUUUUGCAUGCUUUGGAGUUUCUAUCUCAGAAAAGCCAGCAGGAUCAAUCUGAUGGGACGCCAGUCCCUCAUGAAGAAAGUGGAUCCCAUGCAGUUUCUGACGAAGAAAAUGAUCUAUUUUGGGGCUUGGAUGACAUCCCAGUGGAAGCAAAAAAUUGCUUAGACAGUCCAACUGGCAAUGAUAAAUUUCUGAAUCACUUUGUGAAGCCCCCUGCAAAUUUAGUUGUUCUUGAAGGUGAUUGCUUAGACUCUCCUGGUGAUGGCACGGAAUUAGAGUCCUAUCUGUUAGCUACCAAUGAUCUCUACCGGGAUUUUAUCCUAUUAGAUCCAUGUGAUGCUGUAGCCGUGAAUGACUUUUUGGAGGGAGGUCAAGUUGGCAAAGGGCAUAAUGGUGCCUAUAGGGGUAGUGUGUCUCGCAAGAGUUUUCAAUCUCCUACAAGACGUUCUGGUGGAACUGCACAUAAGUCAUCUGUUGUAAAGAAAAAGAAUGCUAAUCUCAAUCCAUCGCCAAGCCUUAACAUGGGGCAUGAUCCUCCUGCCUUUGAUGAUUUUGGAGAAAGUAAUCAUGAAUUUGAUACAGAUGAUAGAUAUUCGGAACCUAGGAACUUGGAUAAUUCUGAUGAUGAUGAUGAUGAGGACGACCCUUGGAAGCCCUUGAAUCCUCAUGAACCAGGGAACUUGAAAAUCAGGCCUUUCAAAAAAGUGAAAGUUUUCAGAAGGAAUGGGGUGAAAUCUACUAAACAACACUCAGUAACUACUCUGUUUCCACUUGCAAAAUUGUAUGGCACUAUCAGUCCAGAGCUCACACAAGUAUGGGAGAUGCAACAAAAAGCAUUUGAAAAACAGCGGGCAUCCCAUUCUCCUCCGUUAUAUGAAAAGCUCCGGCAAUCACUUGCAAAUGAAGGACAACAAACUUGUAAUCCUUUUGGUCACCCUGACAAUUUUAAUGAGGAUAAGGGAUAUGAUAGUGGGGACCCAGAUACUGAGCAACCUGAUAUUGACAUGCCAGAGAGUAUGUAUAUGGAUGAAGAUGUACUUCACUGUGAUAAGCAUGAUGAUGGUACUACUCAUGUUGAAACCAAUGAAGCAUUUGAACAUGGAGUUCAAGAUUCUCUUGCAAACUUAGAAGAUCUUUGUCGCUCUCACCUAGAUGCUCUUCUUGCUAGCAUAGCUGAAACCGAAAAACAGACUGAAUUGGCUGCUCGAGUUUCAUCAUGGAAACAGAAAAUUGAACACAACUUGGACGAGCAAGAUUCACGCCCUCCAUUUGAUAUUCAUGAGUACGGAGAAAGUAUUAUUGACAAGCUAUCCCUUGAAGGAGACCAUGGAAAUGUCAUGUCUUUCACUGAUGUGGUAAAGGGCCAAGAGAAGUAUGAUGUUGCUCGAACAUUCUCUGCACUUCUUCAGUUGGUGAACAAUGGAGAUGUUGCUUUGGAUAGGAGUGGGAUUGAUGGUGAGUCCAUCUGUUACACAGCAGUGAAUCCUUUUCAUGUCCGGCUGCUCAGCCAUGAGAAGAGACAAGAAGCAACACAAUUUCAGUUGUCAAAAAAAAGAGCCAAGUCUCCAACAAGAAGAUUUACCAAAGGUGAUAAGGGGAAGUCUGUGAGAGAGAAAUCUCCAGUUGUCAAUCCAUCCACAGAAUAUGGAUCGUCGGGAUUGUCAUCACGGCCAAAUUGUAAAUUUUCUAUGAAGCUUCGGAAGCUUGGUGGUGCAAGGUGUACCCCUGAAGGAAAGAAGAGAAGAAGGUCUCGACUUAUUGAACCAGUUGAUUUACAUUCAUCUAGUUGACAUGGAUGUUAUUGGCAAGUCCGGCCAGCUAGAGAAUUCAACAACUUUGCUGAAUGGCUCCAUGGUAAAUCCUAGUUGUGACAUGAUUGUAGUUCUAGUUAAUUUACAAUGAUCUGUAAUUCACUCUUUAAAUUAUUAUUAGACAUGUACUUAAUAGUCAAGACCCUGUAAUAAAACUAUAAAUUCCUUGUAGAAUGAACUUGUUCUUGUACCAUAUAA